AUGUUCUCGUCCCUGGUAGACAUGGCGCGGAACUCGCCAUUCCGCGGCCCGAUGACACCCGCCCAGUGUCAAUCCACAGACCUCACACCGGCCAUCGAACAGCCCAGCGGUAUGGCGGCCGCUGCCGUGGUCCAGGGCGACUCCUGCGAGUUCGCCUCCCCCAAAUACUUCGCUCUGUGCGGUCUUGGAGGAAUCCUUUCUUGCGGUAUCACCCACACAGCCGUAGUGCCCCUGGAUCUGGUGAAGUGCCGUCUCCAGGUAGACCCUGACAAGUACAAGAAUGUGGUCAACGGAUUCAAGGUCUCCGUGGCUGAGGAGGGCAUCAGAGGUCUCGCCAAGGGAUGGGCGCCCACCUUCAUCGGAUACUCGCUCCAGGGUCUUUGCAAAUUCGGUCUGUAUGAGGUCUUCAAAGUCACUUACAGUGGUCUUCUGGAUGAGGAGACGGCUUACACUUACCGUACCGGAGUAUACCUCGCCGCUUCAGCAUCAGCUGAGUUCUUCGCUGACAUUGCUCUGUCGCCCCUAGAAGCUGCCAAGGUGAGGAUCCAGACGAUGCCUGGCUUCGCCACCACCCUCCGUGAGGCCUGGCCUAAGAUGGUCCAGAAUGAAGGUUAUGGAACAUUCUACAAGGGCCUGGCGCCACUAUGGGGUAGACAGAUCCCGUACACCAUGAUGAAGUUCGCCUGCUUCGAGAAGACCCUGGAACUGCUUUACAAGUACGUUGUCCCCAAGCCUCGUGAACAGUGCACGAAGGGCGAGCAGUUGGUAGUCACCUUCGCCGCUGGAUACAUCGCUGGUGUCUUCUGCGCCAUCGUCUCACACCCUGCUGACACCGUCGUAUCUAAGCUGAACCAGGACAAGACUGCAACAGUGGGUGGUAUCAUGGGCAAGCUCGGCUGGGCCGGAGUAUGGAAGGGUCUCGGACCUAGGAUCAUCAUGAUCGGUACCCUCACUGCGCUGCAAUGGUUCAUCUAUGACGCUGUCAAGGUAUGGCUCCGUAUGCCACGCCCACCACCGGCGGAGAUGCCCGAAUCCAUGCGCAAACGACUUGAGGCCGAAGAAGCGGGGAAAUCCAAGUGA